CUUCGGAGUUCCGAUGAAAUCCGGUGCAUAAGAGUGCUGCUAACCCACAUGCGAGUUUUAUGAAACAGAAAAAAUGAAAAACAUAGAAGAGAUCGCCGAAGAAUAGAACAAGUAAAGCAAAGAGACAUCAUAGUACACAUCGAAACGUGUCUGCAUUCUCCGCCCUGAUGCGUUUUCUCUUUCCCUUUUUCUCUUCAUUUUCGCCUUCUUCUUCUUCUUCUCUAUUGCUCACCAAUCUCUUCAUUUCUCUCCACAAUGGCUCCUGUUCCCCCUCCUGAAACCCACCAACACACUACUAAUUCUCCUACAAACAUUCAUUCUCGUACCAUGUCUAAAGUUACAGUCGUCGGCAGUGGCAAUUGGGGUAGUGUUGCUGCUAAGCUCAUUGCUUCUAACACCCUCCACCUCCCUUCUUUUCAUGAUGAAGUUCGAAUGUGGGUGUUUGAAGAGACAUUGCCAAGUGGUGAGAAGCUAACAGAUGCUAUUAACCAAAGCAAUGAAAAUGUUAAAUACCUACCCGGCAUAAAGCUCGGAAAGAAUGUCGUUGCCGACCCUGAUAUUGUUAAUGCAGUAAAGGAUGCAACCAUGUUGGUCUUUGUGACUCCGCAUCAGUUCAUGGAGGGUAUAUGCAGGAGGCUAGUCGGUAAAAUAAAGGAAGGUGUAGAGGCCAUUUCGCUUAUCAAAGGAAUGGAGGUCAAAAUGGAAGGUCCUUGCAUGAUCUCUAGUCUUAUUUCUGAGCAGCUUGGGGUUAACUGCUGUGUGCUAAUGGGGGCAAACAUUGCAAAUGAAAUUGCUGUAGAGAAAUUCAGUGAGGCGACAGUGGGAUACAAAGCAGACAAGGCGAUUGCAGAGAAAUGGGUUCAAUUGUUUAGUACUCCCUACUUCAUGGUGGCCGCUGUCCAAGAUGUGGAGGGAGUCGAACUAUGUGGAACACUGAAGAAUGUAGUAGCACUAGCGGCAGGUUUUGUGGAUGGUCUGGAUAUGGGAAAUAACACAAAGGCUGCAAUAAUGAGAAUUGGUCUAAGGGAGAUGAGAGCCUUCUCCAAGCUUUUGUUUUCAUCUGUUAAAGACAACACUUUCUUUGAAAGCUGCGGUGUAGCUGAUCUCAUCACGACAUGCUUGGGAGGAAGAAACAGAAAAGUUGCCGAAGCUUUUGCGAAGAAUGGGGGCAAAAGGUCUUUUGAUGACCUUGAAGCAGAAAUGUUGCAGGGCCAAAAAUUACAGGGGGUCUCGACAGCAAAAGAGGUUUAUGAAGUUUUGAGUUACCGCGGAUGGCUAGAGUUGUUUCCGCUUUUUGCAACAGUGCAUGAGAUAUGCAUUGGACGCCUCCCACCAUCAGCCAUAGUCGAAUACACCGGCCACAAACCCAACUUAGCACUGGUAGAAUGCUCAGCUCAGCUUUAUUGACUUUUCUUGAGGAUGAAACUCAUAUUUUCCACAUAUUUCAGGUAUAAAAGUUAAUAGAGCCCUUUCCUAUGCAUCAUGCCUAGAAGAACAGGCUUGGUAGAAUAUUUUUAUUUUGUUUUUCUUGUUCGCGAUGAUAAGUUUUGUGCUACCAUGCCUGAAACUGAACUGCACUACAUUAGGGAGCUUCAAGGAUGUUGGUGACGAAGGUAGUUUAUCAGUUCUGCCACGGUCCUCUAGAGUUUUGCUUUAAUUGUUCAUGAACGGUGAAAAAUCAUUUUAUACGCAUUUAGUUUGUAACAUGUAGAAUGAAUAAUAAUCUUCAAUUUGACAGGCCUUCAAAUUUUGUGAAGCAAUAUGCAAAAUGUAUUGAAUGAUGUCCAAGAAAACAUUCUGAUUA